GGGCACUACCUGUUUUGCACUUUUUGCACUUUAAACUUUAAAUACGGUGCCGCACAGUGUUCACGAACAGUUAGAGCUACUACAUGAAGCAAGAUGCAUGUUGGCAUGGCACGUAAAAAGCGCGUCUUGCCCCACCAACAGCUUCAAUGUUCUAAUAAGUACAACUAAUAAGUGCAUAACCAUAUAUACAUAGGUAGGUAGGUAGGUAGGUAGGUUAGUUUACCGAGAUCUCCCACCAAGAAGUUGCUAGAGAAUGAAGAAGCAUCUUCCAUCCACUUCUAAGAGUAUACGCACAACAUGUCCUAUUACGACAUAGAUGCGAUACUUACCGAUGCUGAAAAAGUUCCUUGUAAGUUCGAGCUCGAGGUACCCGAACUCGGCUAUCUCGACAACAACCCUUCGCAACCGUUAAAGACUGGUACCUCGGUCGGCCUGCCCCUAUGGCUUGCCGAACCUCUUGCUCUCACGAGUAAGUCGCCAAGCAGUUCAGAAGAAGGUUCAAGUUCGUUUGUCUCCCUCGACCUCCCUUCUUCGCUAUCCAAUGAGGUCAUGUCUGCCUUAAAAGCCGAUCCCCGAGCCGUACCUCUCCGCGAUCAAUCCCAGAAUUUCUACGGCCUCGGAACCCGCAUGCUCGACGUCUUCGAAGAAGGGGAGAUAUGCGCAAUCCUCCGGAGGACCUUCGUUACGAGAGCCACUGAUAUCGCCCUCCACGCUAGGAAAGCUGGCGCUACCGAGGAUAUGGGCGUCGGCACUGGCGAAGAAUUCUUGAGAGGGUUAGAAGAGUGGGAGAGGAAGCUGUUUAGAAAAGCUCAUGAGGGUACCAAAGGGACCAAGGAAUGGAUGGAACGCGUUAAGAAAAAUUGAUAGUCUAGCCCGUUUUCUUCAGAGUAUUCUCCAAAGUACGAUGGCGCAGUGGAAUGUCAUCUACUUGGAUAACCUAGAUUGCGAGAUGGCUUCUAUUACGUGAAACUACUGAUAUGAUCAUUAUGGUAUUUGUAACAUCGCCAUCUAGUGGUUAUUAUCAUGUCAAUUUGGCUAUAGGGAGGCCUAAAUAUUAUAUAUAUCGUACGUUCGACAA